CUCGUCCUUGUCAAACCUUACAGUGGUCAGGCUAUCGCCGUUGACUUGACAGGAGUAGUAGAAAUACAGCAUGGACACUGCCAAUCACUUAAAGUCAGUGCAGGGCCCAUGAGUCAAGGAACUGCGUGAAAGACAGUGCCUUUAAUAACAGAAGACAUAUUUAUAUCUAGAUUUAUCUCAUCGGAAUCCUCGUAACGCUAACAAAAACGUUAUGUAGCAGUAAGCUAACAGCUAGCUGGCUAUCGUUACUUGACCUGCUGUUUGUGGCUAACUUGGAAACAGCUUCUGUGGAGCUUGUAACAGAACAAGUGAGGGACACCAAAGCUCGGGGAGGCUCUGAGUCGGUGCUACAUUCAUAAGCUCUCAGCGCCUGGUGCUGCCCACCCCACCCUGCUGUUUGAAUUCAUGAGUGCUCUUAGUGACAGCCGUGCUUAGUCCUUGGGAAUGGGGAAUGGAGUCCAGGAACAACGGGCAUCACUCACAAAGGGAGAAGUGCUGCCACUGGCCUCCACAACUCAGACAGAAUCCAGCUAUGAGGGACUGAAAUCCACUCGCUCUGUCCUCAACUCGCUCUUCUCGGGGGCUUUAGCAGGAGCUGUGGCCAAAACAGCUGUUGCCCCACUGGACAGAACCAAAAUUAUCUUUCAAGUGUCUUCAGCCCGAUUCUCAGCCAAGGAGGCCUACCGGUUGAUCUACCGCACCUACCUGAAGGAUGGCUUCCUCAGUCUGUGGAGGGGGAACUCUGCCACUAUGGUGCGAGUCAUCCCGUACGCUGCCAUCCAGUUCUGUGCACACGAGCAGUACAAGGGGCUGCUGGGAGGUUACUAUGGCUUUCAGGGAAAAGCUCUACCUCCAGUUCCAAGGAUACUUGCAGGGUCGCUGGCAGGUAUCACAGCCGCCAUGUUGACUUAUCCACUGGACAUGGUACGAGCUAGGAUGGCUGUAACUCCAAAGGAAAUGUACGGUAACAUUCUUCACGUGUUUGUGCGGAUAUCCAGAGAAGAGGGUCUGAAGACUUUAUACCGAGGCUUUACUCCCACCAUACUGGGUGUUAUGCCCUAUGCUGGUCUCAGCUUUUUCACCUAUGAGACACUGAAGAAAGUACAUGCUGAGCGCAGUGGGCGUCCACAGCCCUAUUCCUAUGAACGUCUUGCAUUCGGAGCCUGUGCGGGUCUCAUCGGCCAGUCGUCUUCGUACCCUCUGGAUGUGGUCCGACGCCGUAUGCAGACCGCAGGAGUCACGGGUCACACUUACGGUACGAUCUUGGGCACCAUGAGAGAGAUAGUGUCUGAGGAGGGUGUCAUCCGUGGACUCUACAAAGGUCUCAGCAUGAACUGGGUCAAAGGACCCAUUGCAGUGGGGAUCAGCUUCACCACAUUUGACCUCACUCAGAUCCUCCUGAGGAAGCUGCAUCAGAUGGGCUACACCAACCGAUAAUUCUGAUACUCUGAGAGAGGAGAAAAGGGGGGGCAUUGGGAUGACAAGUUCUUCAUCAUCCCCUGAACAGAAACAAAGGAAAAUGGAGAGUGAUUAGUGUGUGUUGGAUUGAAGCAAAUACACACACACAGGCUCAGGAUGCAAGGGUAAUAUAGUAGUUGUAUUCUCUUGCUUUAUUUGUGUGCAACAUGGGGUGCAACAGUCCCUGCUGGCGUGAGGUGUGUUGGAUGGUACCGAGUACAUGUACACGCUGUUUUCAUGAACAUCUAAGUGCAAUAUGUGAUUUUAUGUGUGUACAAAUACAUGAUAACACUCCUGUCCUAGUGGGACGGGCCUGUGAGUGUCUUUGUCAAUCAGAGAAUUUCACAUCAAACACACACACACACAAAAAAACCACACAAACACAAACACACACACACACACACCCACACACACACACACACACGCACGUGCAGGCCUCCCAACUGCCUUGUGUGUCUGCCUAACACUGACAAUGCAAUGGAGGUUGCCACUCCUUGGCUUUUAAGAAGCAUUGGAUUAAAAAAAGGAGUAAAAUAAGAUCCUUUUGAGAUUUGUUUAGUUUAGAGUGAGCACAUUUUAAGCAGCUUUACCAAAGGUUAGUAAAUAAGCUAGUAUCAGAUUAUAUAAUGUCAGAAUAUUUAAGGACAAAGGAUAACCGUAGAGGAAAACUCUUGCCCAGCACAUGUGAUCACAUGGUCAGUUUUUGUUUGAGUGGAAUAUAAAGUUCAGGUUCUUUUAGUUUUAGUUUUAGUUGUUGUUUAGCGACUGUGCUGACAGCAGACACACACACUCUGUUUGAUGCCAGUGCCAAGUGAUGAGUAGUGUUAAGAGUUCCCCGAUUCUCUUGUUUGUGUACGCUGUAGUUCUACAGUAUAACGCUCUCGACAAAGCUGCAAGUAUUAGUACAGGUGAUCAAACAGAUUUCAGUAUAUGGAGAAUCUUAAAGCUCCAAUUUUAAUUCCUCUUGAGAGACACACACACCUUCCCUUCAUAAAGCUAAAUUUAUUUAUCUUAUGUGAGAUCAUACACUCACUGAUUCGACAGCUUGGAUAGAAACACCUUCAGUCUGAGAUCUAAUGUAAUCCAACAGCCGCCCUGCAGUGAAUGCCACCUUUACAUUUACAGCUUUGUGUUGCUGCUGCUGCUGUUGUGGGCAAAGUGUUGAUUAAGCCCUCUUUGAGGGAUUUUGGAUUCCAGUUUAUCUACAGGUGUUUCUGUUGAUCUGUCCGAUUCAUGUCACUGCACCAUCACAUAUCCACAUUUACAGUUUACAGAUGUCGUCUUCCAUUUUGCUGCAAGUGUUACUGCGAGAGUUCGACUGUUCCUUUAAAAACAAACUAUAGAUUUUUCUUUGAGACACUCCUGUUGUAGAGCUGUAGCAUUUCAUGCCAAUGGUCUGACUUGACUGGAAAUAUGCACACACCUGCUGAAGAAGUCAUCGGAUUUCUUUUUUUUUUAGAGGCAUUAUUGAAAGUGUUCUCAGUAUUGUUCUUUACCUCAGCACAUAAUCAAAUGUCCAUGAUGAUCUAACAUGUUGUUUUUGUAUGUGUAGGAGUUUCAAGCGUGAGGCGAGUUGUUUAGUUUUGAUUUAACACUAUCUGAGACGGUGUCAGCAGCAUUGAUGCAGGCACAAAGUCUACAAAGAGAGUCAUAGUUUCUAUAGUUAGAGCGCACAUACUGAGGCAGGGGACUGAGCUGAGGGAGCAGCUGCUGCAGAGCCAAGUGGAGCAGAGGGCAGGAGACCAGUGUCACCUUUAUCAAAAUAAAACAGGAACUUUUCAGACUCCAGAAAUGAGAUUUAUCACCUAUUAAUUAUUAUUGAUUGAUCUCUAUAUUUUUUAAUAUCAUCAGACAAAGUGUCUGCAAUAGAACCACAUUUUUUUUUUAUCACAAAUAGACAUUGUGUGAGUCUUACAGAUCAUUAAAAUUAGAGUUGAGAACAUUUUUGUCCACUUCUAAAAUAAUUAGUAAUUUUUAUUCAAAGGUACAAUAUUGAUUCAACUUGUGUUGGCUAGGAUUACAUUACAUUACAAAGUGGACCAUGACACAGAAGUUCUGCUUUAAUAUAUUGCGAUGUAUUGUGAUUAGGGUUGCAAAUGUGUGGGACAUUUCCAGUAAAGUUCCAUGGGAAGUUAAGCUUGGGAAUUUUGGAAAUAUUCCAAAUUGGAAACUUCCCAUGAGAACUAUGGGAAUUUAUAGGGAUUGAUGGCAAUUAAAUGGAAAAGGUAUCAUAUCCAAGUAUAAAUAUUUGAUUUGUUAUAAGCAGACAUCAAAAAUAGAAAUCAUCUGUACAUGUGAUGGAGGAAUGCACAGUGCAUGUAGGGGGCAUGGUCUCAAUAGCCCUGCAGCAAGCAGUGUGCUGUGUGCAUGUGAUUGAGGAAUAGCACAGAUAUUCAACUGUACUUACAUGAAAUCUGGUUGUUUUAGUCAGGAUUAUGCUAAAAUAUAUUUUCCCCAACUAUAUUUAAGUUCCCUAUUAGGAGCCAAACUUCAAUUGAGGUUGCUGGUUUAUUCCCAUCAAUUCCUGUUAAUUCCCAUGGAAAGUUUCCAACUUUGAAAAUUCCUGGAAUUUUGCAACCCUAAUUGUGAUGCUCUUAGAAAGGCAAUAUAUCAGAUAUAUUUUUUUUAAACAAUAUCAAGUCAUAUAAAACCACCAUAUGCAUGGAAUCUGGGUAAAGUCGUUAUACUUUAAAUAUUCUGUAUGCAGUCAGUCCCAGUAACAUCUUACUCUGCAAUCUGAGUUAAAUAAGUCAUAUUUGCCUGUAAAUGUUAAAAACAAAAAAAAAACAUUUAUCUUCCUAUAAAUUCAAACUCUGUACUUUUUUUCAGUAUAAAAUAUUUAAAAUAUUCUCUUACAUUCUUUUCAAAAUUCACAUUAGUAAUUAAAAACAAUUUACUGUGUGUUUUUUAUUCCUCAUAAGCAAUACACAUUUUUGCAAAACAGCCCAAACAUCUCAAACGUUAAGCACAUGGACUCUGUGGCUGAUUAAUGUAAUGUAAUCAUGUUUUAAAUUAUAACUAAUCAGAGAAGAAGUGAAGUCAGACUGCUACAACACUUAUCUGAGGUAACUCCCCUCUGCCGUGCCCCAGUCUCAUCACCAUGUAAUGUGACUGCUGUCUGUCUGCAGAUGAUUGCAGAUGUGGUUGUUUUUUCUUUGUCGUGUGAACCAGGAGAGUUUUAGCAGUGCUCUGUUGACUGAUACCUAAACAUAGUCGCUGUAGUAUCAUUUUAAUCAUCAAACAAGUAAACCACAAUGUAGUGUGGUUAACAAAACAAGAUGAGUGUUUUAAUAUCAAUCUAACAUGUGAUAUCUCGCCUUAGGUAGCAGGAUGGAAUAAUGUGCAGCUGAGGUGUUGACAGCCUGAAGUCUGCUGAGGUAUGCUGUGCAGUGAGGUGUACACGCUGACUGAAAGCUGAGCCAAGGCUAGUUUCUGACUCAUAAGUGCCUAGCGAGGAGUAGUAAUGAUCUUACUAUGACUCAGCUACUUCUACUAACCUGUUUGAAGGUUGCUUCCAUUUUCUAGCCUUGCUCUGGUUGAAGUUUUGAAUAUUCACAGGACAGAAGGUGGUUUUGAAGUUUGUGGAUGUGAGGAACCUCUGUGUCUGAAUGUAGAACUUCAGGUUCAGUUUUUGUAUUUGAAUUUUAUAAAACUAAAACCGCCUUGCGGGGUAUUGUUGCGUAGGUGAGAGACGUGCUCCUUAGCUCCCUAGCAGACUUUAUCGAUCCAUUCCAACCAGAUGAGGACUAAUCUGAUUAUUGUAGGAGAAGCUAUUGAAAGUAUGUUUAAUGCUUAUUUGUACCAGAUUUUGAUUAGAGUAAGAACAUUAACAAUACUGUGAUGUUUAAAUCAUCCUGUUGGCCUACCUACAAAUCAAAGCAGAUUGGUAAAUAAAUGUUGAACACAAUAAAAGGAGAAUUGAUGAAAACCCAGACAAUCAUAAAAUGCCAAACAAUUCUGUGUUUUCUUUUGAAAGAUUGUGUUGUUGUUGUUGUUGUUGAGAACCUGACAGUGGCUUAAAGAGUGAAACACUAACGAAAAACUGGUGAAAAUGUGAUUUUUAUUUGCUCUUGUUAAAGCAAGUCGAAUUGUUCUCGCCUUGUUUUUGGGGUAAUACUACAUCAAUGUGCAGACAUUUAAUGCUACUGUGUUUGCAUGCAACAACAGAUCAACUCGUGUUUUUUGUGUUUCAGUGCAGCACUAGUGAGACGGCUGCUUUGUGAUUUGGAGUGAUUUGUGCCAACUGAAUGUAAAUGUACCAACUAACAUCAGACCCUGUGUCCUGUCUCUAGUGAUGAUGGUGUUCCUGCAGGAAUGUUUUGAAAUAUCAAAUUCUCAAAUAAAACUGUGUUGGAAAAAGA